AUGGAAAGUGACGACAACAAGAAGAGAGUCCGGGAAGCGUUUGAGGAAUUUGAGUCGGAGGCGGCUAUGUUAAAACUCGCUCGUCUCGACUCGGCUAAUAACGGCUCAGACUCACACGAGUUUACUCACCAAGGACCCGACGCCGAUGAUGGGGACAUUCAGUUGCGGGAGUCGAAGAUUAUCCAGGAGGAUUUGCUCAACUUCUUGGACGAUUCCGACCCGGUCAUUGAACCUGAGCCAGUGAUUCAGGGACUAGACUCGGUGCUCAAGAGUUUCGAAGAAGAGAUACUAGUCCCGAAUCAAGCGAAGCUGCCGGAAAAAUCAUCGGAACCCGGUGAGUCGAGGCCGGAUCUAGGUUUUCUUUUCCAGGCAUCGGAUGAUGAACUGGGUUUGCCGCCGAGUUUCUCGGUUGUUGAGGAGGGACAGAAAUUCGGGACCGUUGAUGUUGAGGAAAGUGUGGUGUUAGGAGGGGAUGGAAUUGGGGAGAUGAUGGGGUUUGAGUUCCCGAUUCCGGGUUACGAAUCGUUUGAGUUCGAAAUCGGCGGUGACUCGGUUGCCAACAACAAUAAUCAUAGUAAUAAUGGUGACUUUGAGGCGUUUGGAGGCUUGUUAGAAACCGAUGAUGGAAAUUUCGGAGCUUACGUUGUGACCUGA